GUUUAACAAGUCCAUGGGCAGGUUGACCUUGCCACAGCUGACCAUUCUGGUCCCCAGAGAGAGACUGAGAUGGCCAUGGAUCGACUAGCCAGUGGAGCCCAGAGCAUCCCUAAUGACAUUCCUACCCACGGCGAGGACACACAUUCUGAAGCUGAAGGCCUUGCUGUGGAUGAGGAGUCUGAUGGGGAAAAGAAUGCCUGGGAGCUGUCAGAAGCAACACGUUGUCCACCCAAGGAACGGACUGCUGAUCUUUUUAAUGAGGACUGGGAUAUGGAGUUGAAAGCAGAUCAAGGGAAUCCUUAUGAUGCUGAUGACAUUCAGGGGAGCAUUUGUCAAGAGAUCAAACCUUGGGUAUGCUGUGCCCCGCAAGGAGACAUGAUCUAUGACCCCAGCUGGCACCAUCCUCCUCCACUGAUUCCCCAUUAUUCCAAGAUGGUCUUUGAAACAGGACAGUUUGAUGAUGCUGAAGACUGAAUGUGGAGCUUUCUGCCCUUUGGCAGGUGGGUCCUGCAGGUGAAAGUCUCUCUUCCUGUUGUUGAGGUGAGAUGUACUAUUUGAGACAAUGUUCUCAGUCAUUCCCAAGUCUGGGCUGCACAGUCCUGUUAAAUAAGGUCCUACUGUUUCCCCCAGUUCUGUUGUUGUUGUUUUAAUGGACUCCUCCUUGGUUUGUGUGAGUAUUUGUGUCUGUGUCAGGAGGAGUUGUGUUCUUUAUAAAUAAA